CUCACUCCCUUACACUCAUUUGCUUCCUCCUCCUCCUCCUCCUCUGUAGGCUCUUCUUCUCCGACGACAUGAGCUGGUGGUGGGCCGGAGCCGUUGGCGCUGCCAAGAAAAAAUUAGUAGAAGACGAGGGGCCGCGAACACCGCAGAGCGUUGGGUUAGUGAUCGGCGUGACCGGAAUAGUCGGCAACAGCCUCGCCGAAAUCCUCCCCCUCUCCGACACCCCCGGCGGUCCAUGGAAGGUCUACGGCGUCGCCCGCCGCCCCCGCCCCAACUGGAACGCCGAUCACCCCGUCGAGUAUAUCCAGUGCGACGUCUCCGACGCCGACGACGCCAAGGGGAAGCUCUCGCCGUUGACCGACGUCACUCACAUCUUCUACGUCACCUGGACCAACCGAUCCACCGAGGCCGAGAAUUGCGAGGCCAACGCCGCCAUGCUCCGCAACGUCCUCGGCUCCGUGAUUCCGAACGCGCCCAAUCUGAAGCACAUAUGCCUCCAGACUGGAGCGAAGCACUACAUCGGGUCGUUCGAAUCGUGGGGGAAGAUCCAGCCGCACGAUUCGCCGUUCACGGAGGACCUGCCCCGGUUGGAUGUGCCGAAUUUCUACUACACGCAGGAGGAUCUGCUUUUCGAAGAGGUGGAGAAGAGAGAGGAGCUGACGUGGUCUGUGCACCGGCCGGACACCAUUUUCGGGUUUUCGCCUUAUAGCAUGAUGAACAUUGUGGGGAGUCUGUGUGUGUAUGCUGCUAUAUGCAAACACGAGGGUGUGCUGCUGAGGUUUCCCGGGACCAAAGCGGCGUGGAAUUGCUUGUCCACUGCUUCGGAUGCGGAUUUGAUAGCGGAGCAGCAUAUAUGGGCCGCGGUGGAUCCUUAUGCUCGAAAUGAGGCCUUUAAUAUCAACAAUGGGGAUGUUUUCAAGUGGAAGCAAUUCUGGAAGGUGUUGGCUGAGAAUUUCGGGAUAGAGGAGUUCGGGUUUGAGGAGGAGGGGGAGGUGGUGGGCUUGCAGAAGUUGAUGGAGGGGAAGAGUGGAGUGUGGGAAGAGAUAGUAAAGGAGAAUCAGCUGGUGCCGACAAAGCUGGAGGAGGUUGGGGUGUGGUGGUUUGUGGAUGCUGUGCUCAGUGGGGAAAGUAUGUUUGGUUGUAUGAACAAGAGUAAAGAACAUGGGUUUGUUGGGUUUAGGAACUCCAGGAACUCAUUGGUUACUUGGAUUGAUAAGAUGAAAGCUUACAAGAUUGUGCCCUGAUGGUGGUGGUUUUGGAAUGGAAGAUUGCUUGUUGUGUAAAGUACAAGUUUGUGCCUAUUGUUGUUACCAGUUUAAAAUAGAUUGCCAUUGAAGAAUUUUAUUGUGGUUUUGUUAGUCUGGUUCUAUGUGAAUUGAAGAUCAUUUGUUGUUUUAGCUACAUCAAAUUUUCCAGUUAAUUGAAAUUAUGUGAUUUACAUAUUAAACCUAAAUGUCAUCAGCUCCUGCCAUUUGUUG